AUGGAUCAUUUUAGGAUACGUUCCGCCGUCGUUCGAUUUCUAAGAAUACACUUUGCUCACAAACGAAACGCAUUAACAAACUCAUCGUUUGAGUAUUUCCCUAAAGAAUUGAUCCAACAGAUUGCUGACAACUUGGAUAUCGCAUCGGCCGCGCUAUUCUCCAUUUCGUGCAAAACGAUCUAUGGCAUCAUCGGAUCUCAAUACAUAGUCAAUCUAACGCGCCACGAGAACUUGUUAUUUCAAAGGAUAAUGCAAUAUGAUAUUAAGAAUAUGACCUUGAAUGGUUGCUGCGAUAUGUCUUGUGCUCUGCAACGUUCAAGCCCCGCAAAAGGCGCCGGCAGGAUUCUUCAGAAACUUUCAAACCUUUCGGUUGACCAAAGGAAAAUGUUGAGUAGAUCAUAUCGCAUCAAUGAGAUGGCUGCAGCAUAUCUAGCCCGGGAUCUACAUCACCACAUCUGCUUCUUUGCCCCCUAUAACCGAGAUGAUUUUCCCUGGACUGUCGAGAGAGACGUGUCUUGGAAUAUUAUCCGCGAAGGUAGUGAAUCUUGUGGUUUCCAGAAGGAUGAGAUUACAUUCGUUAAGAAUAGCGGUUCUACAUUAGUCCGCCAACAUAGGGUUUUCCAAGGAAAAUGUGGGGAAGUGAUACGGCUACGCGUCGAUAUAUGUGCCCAUAUUCAAUGCUAUUCGAAUUCGAUGCAUAUUCGUCCCCGGAUUUGCCCAACGAGCCGGGAUCAAGUUAGAUACGUACGCCGCAAAUAUCCUGAGAGUUUAUGGUGGCUAUACUGGAAGAAAGUCAAAGAAGAGACAAGUGAGAUUGAACAUUGUGUCGAGUGCCGGACUGAAUUUUUAAUUCGUUUCGUUCACGUGCGAGACUGUAUUCCAAAUCUACAUUGUCGCAUGGAACUCACAAUCACUACUUGGAAAGAACUUGGGCAAAAGCUUGAUGACAAGAUAUGGAGAGAACACUUCCCUGAGUCUCAAAAAUACGUCCCGAAACCUAACCCGCGAGUCCAAGUGCCCAAAUCAAGAAUCGCUGAUGCCUUCACUCCUUUGGCCGUUCUUAAUCUACUACCAUUUGUAUAA